UUGAAAACACUGGGAGCGGUUCUUUUGUAAUGGAUGAUUACAUUGCCACAAAAGUUAGCGUUUCUGUAAGAAAUGCUAUCAGCGUUAAUUCUACCAAAAGCCAUCAGCUUGAAAAGCAGGUCAGAAACUUAGAGGCCGAAAGAGAUAUGCGUCUGUUAAAUUUGCAAAUGAAGAAAGACGAAAUGUUUCUUAGCUCCCCGACUUCUCAGCGGAGGAAGAUUCUGGUCAAGUCUCCAAGCACUACUGACGGCAUAAGGGCUGGAACACCAUCUUCACAACAAGAGAUUUUAGAUCUAAACACAGGUUUAAGCAAAGAAGACGAAGUUACUAGGCUUCAAAAAGCCCACAGUCUUCCACCACUGUAUUUAGAUCGAGCUGGGAUUGUGGCGACGCCACCGCGGAUUAGGAAAGCUAGAAAUCUUCACCCUGGAUCUUCCCUGAUCCCUGCUUCUCCCUCCCGUCUCAUGGAAUCACCGAAACCGGAACACAAACUUUUAACAAGACAGUCGAGUUCUCCGCAAAUGCUGUCAAGCUCUAAUUCAACAACAAACGUGAACGAAGCACGGCGUGAAGAAAAUUUGGAAAGUAAACAACAGUUUUCACCCGGGUUACAGCGAGCAAAUCUUGUCGAUUCAUCUGUCCCGUUGAAUUCACCUACCAGCCCGAAAGCUUUUAACUUUGAUCUACCGAAUAAUCUUUCUCAGAUCCCUCGACGACCUGCUACGGCUGCUUCUGUCAGAGAUAGCGCUAGCAACAGCGGCGAAGUUCAUCGAGGGUUGAUAUUGCUGCCUGUUUCUUCAUCGAAAGAACAAACAAAGAAUAGGGAACAGAAAAAGGCCAGCGUUUUUAAUCGGCUUUAUUCCAGUACUAAGAAACGGGAUCGAAAACGGAUAGGCUCGGAUGAUACAGCGCCUCAAGCACUCCAUCUUCCGAACGGGAAAUUGAAUGCGAAGUUAGAAACGAGACGACGGUCGGUAUCGCUGUCAGAUUUAUCCGAAAUCUGCGACAAACUGAAAACGUGUCGUUAUUUGAGAUCGAAUAGUCAAAAUGAAGACUUCUAAUACGUCUGAACUUUCAAUAUAAGCAAUUCAUUUCAUUAAUGCAUGUACCACAAUUUCGCUUUCGCAACCCAAGUAGAAGUCACACCUCAAGUUAUGUUUUUAAAGAAUACAAAUUUUUUUAAAACCAAAACGAACUUUUUCAAAUAUAAAAAUCGAUUUUGCUAUAAUUUCGCUUUUUCGGACAAAUUGUAUAGAACUUGAUGAGACAAACACUGGAGUGAAAUUUCACCCCUUUGACCUUAGUCCUGUCUUAAUCACUACCAGCAAACAAGCCCGUCAAGCUUUGUGUUUUGUUAAUUAAACCUUCGAGCACUUCAUUUUAAUCUAUUGUUUAUAGAUUGUUAUCCUUCUAUCGAACUCGCUAAUUAUAAACACUAUAAUUGAAAUGAUAGACUAUUCAUGUAAAAGACAAUGAAAUAUUAA